GUUGGAGCUCUGGUGGUGACUGCAGAACGAGAGGAGGAAGGAAAGAGAAGGGUGACCAGCUGUGUCAGUGCGAGGCAGACGUGUGAGGGGAAGGAGUGUGUCCUGAGUGAGGGACGAUGAUGCUGGGAGCUGUGCUCUGUACCCUGGUCCUGUCAGCCUCUGCCUUCCGGCUCAGUGAGAAUAACUGGACGAUGGAGACCCCCAAUACAGUGACCGGCAGGUUAGGGUCACCGGUCACCGUGUACUGCAAGUUCACUCCCCCUCACCCCAGAUACACAGGGAACAUCACCAUCAUGUGGAAGGCAGGAAGGAAUGGUACUGUGUAUAUUAAAUAUACAAAUUAUGGGCCGGAUUCACAGGGAAAGUACCAAAAUGUCAUUGAUGUAAACGAGGGAGAGCGACACCGAGUGAUUGGGAACACGAGGAAGAACGACGCCACAAUAAAGAUAAACCAACUGAGGGGAAAGGACAAUAAUAAGCUGUUGUCCUGUUGUGUGGAGCUCCAGGGUGAGGACGGAAAGUAUGAAAUUGGCCCCAAAACACGUCUGAUUGUUACAGGUCAUGAAGAGAAGCUCCGGUCAGUGACUGAUACCAAGGGAGGUGAUGCCACACUGCCCUGCUCCUUCACCAUCCCCAACAGAUACCAGAUUCGUGCCACAGUCACAGUGCUUUGGAGGAGAGGGAGGCCACAUGGGCAGCUGGUGUUUAAUUACACUCUUGGCCUCACCGCCCGCACCAACUCCAGGGAGUCAGAGACAGUGAAUGAAGGAAAUCGCUACAAGCUGGUCAGGAAUGUGGGAGAUGGAGACGCUUCCCUGAAGAUCAGGGGCCUGGAGUUAAACGACACCGGACGGUAUUUCUGUCACGUACACGUCAUGUUUAUAAGUAAAGGAUCCCAACUGGACCAGGUGACACAGGACAUGUCAGAGCUGCAGGUUGUUGCUCCGGCUGUCAUCCUGAGUCUGUCCCUCGUGGCCGGUGUUGAAGUCGGAGUUGACAUCGUGUGCACGGCUGAGGGGGAACCACCGGCCAACAUCACAUGGAUCGACCCCAAGAAUAACACGCUGCCCAUUAACACCAGCCACACGCCAGUCACACACGUACCGGACAAGCAUCUAACCGUGGGGGAGAUCCGGGGCCCGAGGCUGAGGGGAACUUAUCGCUGUAUAGCUGAGAACACACAGGGCAGAGACGCCAGAGACAUCCUCGCACCUGGAUCACAGUGUGAUGGGAACAGACAGAGUGAUGGCGACGGACACAGUGACGGAGGCAGACACAGUGACGGGGGCAUACUGCAUGGUGUAGACAGUAUGUUGUAUGUCGGCAUCUCCAUUGUGGUGCUCCUCAUUCUGGUGACUGCCAUUAUCUGGGGGGUAAAGAGAGAUUGCGGUACCAGACAUUCCCUUCAGCUUUCAGAGAGUCAUCAAGUGGAUUUGAGUGUUGAAAACGACAUGGUCCGACCUCAGCCGCCUGCAGGAGACGAUGAAGCAGCUGUAAUAUACAGUGAGGUUACCCCAGUAUCGGCCCGGCAAAGAGAUUCAGACGAAGCUGCUGUGAUCUGCAGUGUGGUUCCCCCAGCACCGGCCCGGCAAACAGAUUCAGAUGUGAUUUAUGCUGUUGUCACCAAAUCGAAGGGGAGAUCAGCUGAGCAGUGAACACUGGUCCCGCCCAGAGUCUGCUGUCCGCCAUUUAUACAGGGAAAUCAAAGAUGGUGGCGGUCUGGCCUGGAAGAGGAAGAGUCCAUUCCCGGUCAGGAGGGACACACUGCCACUUGGUGGCCAUUCCAGCAUUGAAUAGUUGAUUGAUUACUGUGUUUUUUAACAGAUAUUUUAGAUCUGCUUUCAAAUAAUAAUAAUAAUCCUUGCAGUUGAUAUAG